AUGCAUUUCGCCCUUCCUCCUCGAAAGACAUCGUUUCCUCCUCCUUAUGCUCGAGUCUCUGCCAAAAACUAUUCCGAGAAACGACGCAGACAGAUCCAAUACCUUGCCUACUUGAUCUUCGCCGUACUCACGUUAUACUUGGUGGCCGCCUUCUUCACUGGUGAACACGUGCGCAGCCAGGAUGGCACUAUUUCACCAGGGGCAUCAGUCGUCAUUGUGACAGUUCUCGACGAAGUGUCUAUGAGCAAGGACUAUAUAUCUGUGAUCAAAGAGAACAGGGACGACUACGCGAGGAGACAAGGGUACCAAACCUUCUAUACCAAUACCACUACCUAUGCUCACCUUACAAAACCUUCGCCUCCCUCAUGGUCUAUGGUGCCUGCGCUUCGUCAUGCUCUCACAGCAUACAGCGACGUCGAUUACGUCUGGUACCUCAGUCCUCAUGCCCUGAUCAUGAACCCCUCCGUUUCUCUAUACGAUCACGUCUUCGCCAACCUCACAAACUUAAUGCAGAAAGACAUUCCUGUGGUUCCGCCAGAUAGCGUGAUUCACACUUUCUCGCAUCUCAAACCUUCACAGAUCUACCUAAUUCUGUCGCAAGAUGCGGACAACGUUGCCCAUACCUCGUUCAUCCUGCGAAACUCGGAUACGGUCUCUGUAGCAGCAGGCACACCUAGAGAUAGCUGGUCGCAGUACUUCCUAGACGCCUGGUUCGACCCUCUCUACCGAGCUUAUGCCUUCCAGAAAGCAGAGAACCAUGCUCUUGAACACAUCAUACAGUGGCACCCCACUAUACUGGCAAAAUUGGCCAUGGUCGAUCAGCGACUCAUAAACAGCUACAACACCAUGAGUGACAAGACCGAGGUCGAUUUAGACACUGAUGUGGCACAUGGCAAGCACGACAGUCAAUACAGGAAAGGCGAUCUUUUGGUCAAUUUCAAGGGAUGUUCUGAAAGUAAACAGCGGGAUUGUGAGACAGAGAUCAAGACCUUCUACAGAAGGUGGCAGGAUGAGGUCGGUCGAAUUGAUGGUCGCAGUGGUACUGGCAAGACUCAAGCUGCAUGA